CCAUAACCACAUCGAAUCGAUGACAAUUCCUUUUCCUUUAAGAGCAUCCGCCGCGCGAGAACUGGCGGGAAAUUCAGCCAUCGUCUCGAAGAAAAACCUCCCAAAUCUGAGAAAUCGGAAAAGAUGACUCACACCGAAACCCUAAAUAUUCUCGAUGAAAUCGAAUCGCUUGUCUCCGAUCAGCUUCAAGUGGUAUCUUACAAAUGGCUGAGUCGAAAUUUCUCGCUUUCAUCAAAUACUGCCAAGAGGUUGCUCAAGGAUUUUGUAGAGAAACAUGGGAAGAGUUUGGAAGUUGUAUAUAUUGUGUCUGGGUUGCUAAAGAACGGACCUUCCGAUUACCAUGCAAGGCUUGCUUCUAGUACCGAACUUCCAGAAGUGGAGAAAGAGUUCAAUGGAAAAUAUUCAGUACAUAUCUACAGUGUUCAAGCUAGUAUUCCAAUGGAUCCAGCAGCCAUAUGGAACACUGAGUUUGUGCAAGCAGAAGAACUCUUCAGGCAGCAUUCUGCCAUUGAUAAUUGCUUGAAAGGCAACAGGUUUUGUGGCGUCUCCAAUUCUUGUGUAAAGCGCAAUAUAGAGGGAACCACUGAAAAUGUUACGGUCCCGCGAACUGAAAGUGUGAGAACUACAGGACAAUCUAAAAGUAGUUUAAAUUUUCAAAAGAGUACAUUGCCGUCAAACCAGGGAAAGAAUUUUCAGCACUCAAGCCCUAAUGUUGUCCAUCAGGGUAAGAGUGAAACUACUGCUGCUCCAGCUAAAAAUCAGUCUGCGAAAUCCUCUCUGGAUAAAGAAAAAGCUUUUCGUGCGCCCGCUAAUAAAAAGAAUGGACAGGGCGAAAAGAGCGUGGCUGGAACUGGUGGUUUGUUGAAAAAUAUGUGGGGCCGUGUGCCUACGAAAACAGAAGAUGAUACUCCAACAGUAGAGGUCAAAAAUCAUAAUACUGAUCAUUCGGGUAUGUCUUCUAAUCCAUCCACCUUAGAAGCCCAAAAACCUUCUCAUGACGCCGACAAUAAAGGAGGCAGCGAUGAUGAGACUCGAGAUGUCAAUUUCAUGAGAGCGCCUAAAAAUGAUAACAGAAAAAGGAAGGUGAUAUUUGAUUUUUCAGAUGACGAGUAUGAAGAUGUAAUCAGCCUAGCAUCUCCUAGUAGUCCAAAGGUUAGUUCACGUCCAGAUGUUGAACUCAGUUCCGAAGAUUCAGGUCCAAAGAAGCCUGACGCAGAUGUUUCUCGAGAGAUAAAAUCUGAGGAACCAGAGGUCAGCAAAGAAGACAGGCAAAAACCUGCUUCUGUUGAUGCUUCUACGACUUUGUCAAUGGAGAAGAUCCAGGCCAUUGGUUCUGAAGCUAAAGUAAAUCCCUCAAAGGGAAGAACUACUGAAGUUUCUAGUUCACCGAAAAGGAAAAAGGUGUUGAAGUCACGGAUUGAUGAUCGUGGGAGAGAAGUAACUGAGGUAGUGUGGGAGGAGACAGAAACGAACCCUAAGAAGGAAGAGGACACUGACACAAGAAAGAAGUUAGAUAAUGGCAAAAGCGCAAAUGCUGUUAACAGGGCGGUGGCGCAGAAGAAGAGUCCGGCCGUGGGAAACACAGCAGCCACAAACGCAGGAGGAAAAGCAGGAAGCAAGAAAGGCGGAAACGCCAAAGAUCCAAAGCAAGGGAACAUAAUGUCCUUCUUCAAGAAAAAGAAUCAGAUGAUCGACAACAAUUGCUUAUAUAAAGAAGAGCUGAAUCGUAGUAAUUCUUACUCAGGUCUGGCCGAGUCGACGAUAUUGCUCCCUAGUCAAGCCGGAUUUGACGGUUCUGGGAGUCCGGUUUGCUCCUCGCCGGAUCCGAACCUGAACUACAAACCGGUCAUCGGUAUCCUGAGUCACCCUGGAGAUGGCGCGUCCGGUCGGUUGACCAAUGAUACGAGCUCCACGUACAUCGCGGCUUCGUAUGUGAAGUUCGCUGAGGCAGGUGGAGCUCGUGUUAUCCCACUCAUCUACAACGAACCUGAAGAACUCCUCUUUCAGAAGCUAGAACUGGUCAACGGUGUGAUAUUCACUGGUGGUUGGGCUAAAAAAUAUGAUUAUUUCGAGAUCGUCAAAAAAAUCUUCAAUAAAGCUUUGGAGAGAAAUGAUGCUGGAGAGCAUUUUCCAGUUUAUGGCAUUUGUCUCGGAUUCGAGCUUAUGUCAAUUAUCAUUAGUCAGAACAGAGACAUUCUUGAAAGAUUUGAUGCAGAGGAUAAUGCAUCAAGCCUCCAGUUUGUUGAUAAUGUUAAUAUCGAUGGAACAUUAUUCCAAAGAUUUCCUCCAGAGUUGUUGAAAAAACUCAGUACAGAUUGUUUGGUUAUGCAGAAACACAAGUAUGGUAUCACACCAGCAAAGUUUCAAGGCAAUCCUGCUUUGUCUAGUUUCUUUGAAAUCCUCACAACAUGCAUUGAUGAAAACAGCAAGACUUAUGUUUCAACUGUUAAAGCAAAGAGAUACCCAAUAACUGGCUUCCAGUGGCAUCCUGAGAAAAAUGCAUUUGAAUGGGGAUCAUCCGCGAUUCCACACUCUGAGGAUGCAAUCCAGGUGACACAGCAUGCUGCUAGUUAUUUAGUCAGUGAAGCUAGGAAGUCACUGAACAGACCACCAUCGAAGAAAGUGCUAAGCAAUCUCAUAUACAACUAUAAGCCUACUUACUGUGGAUACGCAGGGAGGGGUUACGACGAGGUUUACAUUUUCACACAACCAAGAUCCCCGUUCCUACUCUUUGAUAUUAGCGCGGCGACUUCUGCCGAAUCGAUUUUCCUCCCAAGUCAAAUCCGAGUUGACUCUUCCCGCGUCUUUGAUACACGGAGUAGUCAUGUAUGCUCCUCCCCGGAUCCGAACCUCAACUACAAGCCGGUCAUUGGGAUUCUGACCCACCCUGGCGACGGUCGAUGGGACGCUAGUCGUCACUCUCUGAGCUACGCCUACUCGACGAACAUAUCGUACAUCGCAGCUUCGUAUGUGAAGUUAGCUGAGACUGGUGGAGCUCGUGUGAUUCCUCUAAUCUACAACGAGCCUGAAGAACUCUUGUUUCAGAAGCUAGAACUGGUGAAUGGUGUGAUAUUCACUGGUGGUUGGGCUAAAACAGGAUUAUAUUACGAUAUUGUGGAGAAAAUCUUCAAUAAAGUUUUGGAGAAAAAUGAUGCUGGAGAACAUUUUCCGGUAUAUGCCAUGUGUCUUGGAUUCGAAAUUUUGUCAAUGAUCAUAAGCCAGAACAGAGACAUUCUUGAAAGGUUUAACUCAGUAAACUAUGCAUCAAGUCUCCAGUUUUUUGAAAAUGUUAAUAUCGAAUCAACCGUAUUCCAAAGAUUUCCUCCAGAGCUGUUGAAAAAGCUUAGUACAGACUGUUUGGUUAUGCAGAACCACUAUUUUGGUAUCUCACCAGACAACUUUCAAGGCAAUCCUUCUCUGUCUAGUUUCUUCAAUAUCCUCACAACCAGCGCUGAUAAAGACAGCAAGACUUUUGUUUCAACUAUUCGAUCAAAACGAUACCCUGUGACCGCCUUCCAGUGGCAUCCAGAGAAAAAUGCAUUUGAAUGGGGAUCAUCCGAAAUCCCUCACUCUGAGGACGCAAUUCAAGUGACUCAGCAUGCUGCAAAUUAUCUAGUCAGUGAAGCUAGGAAGUCAAUGAACAGACCAUCAUCUGAGAAAGUGCUGAGCAAUCUCAUCUACAACUACAAGCCUACAUACUCCGGAUACAAAGAGGUACCGUUGGUACUAUCUCUGUUUAUGGAUAGCAUCAUAACGGCGAUGUCUGCGGCGAUUCUUCUCCCUAGUCAAACCGGAUUUGAUAUUUCUCGCAGUCCGGUAUGCUCCGCGCCGGAUCCGAACCUCAAUUACAGACCGGUUAUUGGGAUUCUGAGCCAUCCUGGUGACGGUGCGUCGGGUCGUUUGAGCAAUGCUACAGACGCGUCGUCCAUUGCAGCGUCGUAUGUGAAAUUAGCUGAGUCUGGUGGAGCACGUGUGAUCCCACUCAUCUACAACGAACCUGAAGAAAUUCUCUUUCAGAAGCUAGAAUUGGUCAACGGUGUGAUACUAACUGGUGGUUGGGCUAAAGAAGGAUUGUAUUUUGAAAUCGUCAAGAAAAUCUUCAAUAAAGUUUUGGAAAGAAAUGAUGCGGGAGAGCAUUUUCCGAUAUACGCUAUUUGCCUCGGAUUUGAGCUCUUGACAAUGAUCAUAAGUCAGAACAGAGACAUUUUUGAAAAAAUGGAUGCAAGAAAUUCUGCAUCAAGUCUUCAGUUUGUUGAAAAUGUUAAUAUCCAAGGAACCAUAUUCCAAAGAUUUCCUCCAGAGCUGUUGAAAAAACUCGGUACAGAUUGUUUGGUUAUGCAGAACCAUCGGUUUGGUAUCUCACCAGAAAGCUUUGAAGGCAAUGUUGCUCUGUCCAGUUUCUUUAAAAUCGUCACAACAUGCGUUGAUAACAACAGCAAGGUUUAUGUUUCAACGGUUCAAUCAAAAAAAUAUCCAGUGACCGGCUUCCAGUGGCAUCCCGAGAAAAAUGCAUUCGAGUGGGGAUCAUCCAAAAUUCCACACUCUGAGGAUGCGAUCCAGGUGACUCAGCACGCAGCAAAUCAUCUAGUCAGUGAAGCUAGGAAGUCACUGAACAGGCCGGACUCUAAGAAAGUGCUGAGCAAUCUCAUUUAUAACUACAAGCCUACCUACUGUGGAUACGCAGGAAAGGGUUACGACGAGGUUUACAUCUUCACACAACAGCGAUCCCUUCUCUAAUAACUUCAACCACUCGUGUGUAUAGUGAUAUAUGUAUCUUCAAAUCUGUUAUAUUAUCUGUGAACUUGUUGUAACUUUGAACGUCAGCCUAUGAUGGCUUGUGUUUGACAUUAAAUUAGAUAAUGUAUG